AUGGCCAUCAUUCACGCAAACAUACACGCCUAUCUUUCAAAGGGAGGGCAUGCAAUAGCUGAGACAAAGAACAAUCAUAGGAUCAUUAAGACGAAGCCAAGGCUCUUAAGACCGCCAAAAGUCAUAGACGAGUUGGUAGACAGACUUAUGGUCCAAAUCAAGAAAGACGUCGCCUUAGAAAAAUCGCUCGUCGUUCCUCCUGAGUGCUGGAGUCGUGAUUCGAUGACACGACCCUUCAAGAUCACAGCAGUAUCAGUCCUGGAACGAGUUGCUCGCGGUAUUCCUGAAGGCUGA